AUGAUUUCCAGGUCUUCAUCAUAUGGUCCCAUGGAUAAUUACAUAGUUUGGCCUUUAUCUACAAAUGAUCAAAAAAAAUUUAAUGCCUUAUUACUUAGACUUGAAGUUUCUUGUGUAUGGGUAUUAUCAUGCGUUAAUAAACCGGAAGCUAAAGAAUUUUUCAAUUUUUUGAAUCCUUCUUUCAAAUUACCAGAUUGUCAUGUUCUUGGUGGAACAGUCUUAUUGACCUCUGAAGGUAAACUUUACAUAUGGAAAGCAUAUAAUGUAAGUUCAGAAUGUGAAACUUAUAUUGAAGUAAUGAACAAAACAAAAAUGAUGCUUACAGAACUAAAAGAUAAGGAGGUUAAUGUCUGUGAUGUUUGUCACUAA